AUGAAGUUGAGAGUCGAUGAACUGAAGCAGGACGUGUGCAUGUUAUUUGAGGCAUGCAACCACGACGUGAUUGGGAUAAUUACCCUUGUGGAUGAUGUGCAACUUCUCGGAAUUGAUCAUCUUUUCCAAGACCAGAUAGACGUCGCACUGCGCUAUAUCCAUGAGCGCGAGUUCAAUAGCUCCAGCCUCUAUGAGGUGGCUCUUCGUUUUCGCUUGCUUAGAGAGCAUGGCCUUUGGGUAUCUCCAGAUAUGUUCGGUAAAUUCAUGAACGGACGAGGGAGUUUCAGUGAGGAGAUAACUAAUGAAGCAAAGGGAUUGUUAGGCUUGUAUAACGCUGCGUUCCUUUCGGUUCAUGGUGAGCCGGAGCUCGAAGAAGCCAUGUCUUUCGCAAGGUACCAUCUAGAGUCAAUGAGGGGCGAAUUGAAUUCGCCUUUAAAAGAGCAAGUCAAACGAUCCCUCGACAUUCCACUGCCAAGGACCUACCGAAGAUUGGAGACACUGCAUUAUUUCUCAGAGUACGAACAGGAGGAAGGACAAAACUCGAUUCUACUGGAGCUCGCAAAGCUGGAGUUUACCCUUUUGCAGUAUGUCCAUUCCAAGGAGCUCAAGUCUCUCUCUAGAUGGGAUUACAACGGUGAAUCUCUUCUACCAGAGUACUUGAAGAUGUUCUAUAAUCUACUACUUACAACUUUUAAGGAGUUUGAGGAUCAACUUGGACUUGAGGAGAGAAAUCAGGUUGUUCACGUCAAGAAAGAGCUCGGAAAGAACAAAGGGGACAUGGCAACCACGGUGGAAUGUUACAUGCAUGAGCACAAGGUGAACAGUGAGGCCGCAUUGGCCCAUAUUGAUUCCUUUAUGGAAAAUGAAUGGAAAACUAUAAACCAGGCUCGCUUUGAAAAUGAUGCAUCGGGCUUUUUGAAGACGGUUAUCAACUUUGCUGCUGGCACAUCGUUAUUCUAUGGUAGAAAUAAAGAGGGAUACACAUUUGGCACACAACUUCAGGAGGCACUAGAUAGUCUUUAUGUGAAAUCUAUUCUAAUGUAGAAUUGAGGGCCUCACUAG